GGUUUGGGCCGUUUGGAGAGCACGCUGUGAACGCCAGCUGGAUUGCAGUCCAGGAGUUGGAGAAGCUCGGGCUGCGGGAUGACGUGGAUCUGCACGUCUAUGAAGUCCCAGUUGAAUACCAGACAGUGCAAAGGCUCAUUCCUGCCUUGUGGAAAAAGCACAGUCCGCAAGUGAGCUUAGACAACUGCCGUUUCUGCCCAGGCUCUCAGUGUUGCGUAGAAGGUGGCCCAGAGUGCAUCGAUUCCAUCAUCGACAUGGACACCGUCUGCAAGAGAGUCUCGGCGCUGGGGCUGGAUGUCACGGUCACCAUCUAUGCCGGCCGGUACCUCUGUGACUUCACCUACUACACUUCCUUGUACCAGAGCCGCGGGAGGUCGGCUUUUGUUCAUGUGCCUCCGCUGGGGAAGCCGUACACCGCCGAACAGCUGGGUCGGGCACUACAGGCUAUAAUAGAAGAAAUGCUCGAUGUUUUGGAGCAUUCUGAAGACAAAAUCAAUUGUCAGCAUGAACACUGA